UGGAUGCGCUUGUAGUGCUCAGUAGACAGUAGACAGACACAUAGAGUGAAUACAGUUGUGGCAGGACUGGACCGUUGACGCAGAAUGGCUCAGAACGGAACAACAGAGAACGGGGUGACCGGGGCGAAUGGCGAUGGGAGCCCUCCCAUGCCUUUUCCCCAGCCCGUCAAAGUGCAGGAGAUACGCCACACCAAGAUUUUUAUCAACAAUGAGUGGCACACCUCUCUCAAAGGAAAGACAUUUCAGACCUUCAAUCCAGCAACAGGUGUCCAAAUCUGUGAAGUGGAAGAAGCAGACAAAGCAGAUGUGGACAAGGCUGUAAAGGCUGCCAGAGCGGCCAGCCAGAGGGGCUCACCGUGGCGAAGGAUGGACGUGUCAAGCCGGGGGAGACUCCUGCACAAGCUCGCUGACCUGAUGGAGAGGGACCGGGCACUGCUAGCGACUAUGGAGACUAUAGACACUGGGAAGCCAUUCCUUCAUUCUUUCUUCAUUGAUCUGGACGGCAGCAUCAAAACCCUUAGAUACUAUGCCGGUUGGGCCGACAAGAUACAUGGCAAAACCAUGCCUGUAGAUGACACUUUUAUGUGUUUCACCAAACAUGAGCCCAUAGGUGUGUGUGGCGCCAUCAUCCCAUGGAACUUCCCCCUGCUGAUGUUCAUGUGGAAGGUGGCCCCGGCGCUGUGCUGUGGUAACACUGUGGUCAUCAAGCCAGCCGAGCAGACCCCUCUCACAGCCCUGCACGUAGGAUCUCUCAUCAAAGAGGCCGGUUUCCCCCCCGGAGUGGUGAACAUCGUGCCAGGGUUCGGCCCCACAGCAGGCGCAGCCAUUGCUAGCCACAUGGGCAUCGACAAAGUGGCGUUCACGGGAUCUACAAAGGUAGGCCAGUUGAUCAAAGAGGCCGCAGCAAAGAGUAAUCUGAAAAGAGUGACCCUGGAGCUGGGUGGGAAGAACCCCUGCAUUGUCUUUGCUGACUCGGACUUGCAGUUGGCAGUGGAGGAGACCCAAAAAGGAGCCUUCUUCAACCAGGGCCAGUGCUGCACGGCCGCGUCGCGUGUCUUCGUGGAGGAACAGAUCUAUGAGGAGUUUGUACGCCGCAGCGUCGAGAGUGCCAAGAGUAUCGUCAUAGGAGACCCCCUGGACCCACGUACAUCACACGGACCACAG